UGUUGUGAUGCAUCGUCUAUACUUCACAAAAUCUCACUCAAUCUUCGUGCGUGUGUAUCAAUGGCGGCAAAUACAGUCUAUAGUGCGCCUCUGUUCCUUCCUCCUCUGUCACACUCACACAAAACCCCUAAACCUAUUCACUCCCUCUGCUUCAACCCUCCUCCAAUUACCCUCUUCAGCUCUAAGUUUUCUGCUGCACUAGUCGCACCACCAAAGCUUCUCCGUCCAGUGUUCACAGUAAAUGGGUUCGUGGGUGAUGAUUCUCUCACUGCCCCGGAACCGCAAUCGCCCAAUUCUGAAGCGGGUGCUAGUAUUGACUUAAAACUUCCGAGAAGAAGUUUGCUUGUAGAAUUUACAUGUGACUUGUGUGGUGAAAGAACAAAGAGGCUUGUUAACCGCUUAGCUUAUGAAAGGGGUGCCGUUUUUGUACAGUGUGCAGGAUGUCGACGGCAUCAUAAACUAGUUGACAAUCUUGGACUUAUCACAGAGUAUGACUUUCGGGAGAAUAUAAGCAUAGACUCAGAAACUGAUCAAGUUUGAUGUAAUAACUUAUAAAACUAGAGAUAUUUUAUGUGACAUUUCCUCAUUUUUUUUCCAUAAUUCAAAAAUUCGUAUCCAUCAACAUUUCUGAGCACAGAUCACAACCAAAAAAAAAGGAAAGAAUCAUCGGUAUAGAUUCUCAUUA